UAAAGAGGAGAACAAAGCGGAAGGGAACGUUGUAGGAAAGAAGGAUCAUGUCGUUCCUGUGGGAGAAAAGCCAAACAUGGCGAUGGGUCGUUCGGAAAACUCGAGAUUCGAAGCCGUUCUUCAUAGCCUUCGCUACGGUGUGCGGAGUAGUCCCUGGCAUUAUCGGCUACUGUGUCAUGCAACUCACUAGCUCUCGCAACGAACAGCUUGAAGCUCAGCUCCGCAAGACCGCCAGGCCCGAGUCCAUGAUGAUGGGGCAAGUUAACAAGGAGAGGCUGGCUGAAUUCCUUGGGGAGCUGCAGCGGAAAGAGGACACAAACGACCGAUAUGUAGCUGCUCUAAGAGGAGAGACAUUGACUAGAAACCCUUAUGUGAGGAUUCAACCGAUACCAAAGCCAAGCAGCACUGAAGCUGAUAAAGAUUCGAAGUCGAAGUAGUUGAACAUGGUUGGAAUGUGUCUUGGAAGUGUUUAUCUAUGUGACACCAGACUUUGAAGUUCGCUUUUGAUACUAAAUGUUAUGCAACGAAUUUGUUGGAUUUAGGCUGUUGGAAUUGUUCACAGUAGUUCUAUAAACACUCUCAUUUUUGUCUGGCAAGUUGAGCUUGCUUCAUUGGGUUUCCUGUU